AUGCAUGCUAAUGGUUUUCAUGUAAAGGACAAUAUGACGGGGAGGACUUUUCUCACUGGCAGUAGCUCUGGUGACUUGUACCAUAUUCAAGCAGAUCCUACAAUCUCAGGGAAGCUAGCCUUUUUUGGUGAAAGGACUACCCAAGAUAUUUGGCAUACAAGACUUGGCCAUCUGUCUCAUGAUGUUUUUCUUGUUCCAACGCCCACCUUAGUGCCAUACAACAAGCAUAAACUUUCCUCCAAGUCUAUUGAGUGUAUUUUUCUCGGGUAUGACAAUCACUACAAGGGGUACAAGUGCUUUGAACCAAUCUCUAGGCGAGUGUAUAUUUCAACGAAUGUUACUUUUGAUGAAUCUGAUUUUUCUUACACUAAUAUUCUAUCCAAGUCCUCUAAUGAUCACAAGUCAGUACCUCUUGCACCCACAUUAUUGGAGCCUCAUCAUGUUCCUUUAUCUCCAGGUCCUCCAACUACUCCACCUCCUUCUAACCUUGCUACGGACAGCCAGCUCUCCCCACCAGCCACACAUCUUCCACUCUCUAUUAUGUCUUCAUCUCCAUCCAACCAACAUCUUCAUCAAUCUGCAAGCACUUUCCCUUCUUCAAUAGAAAUCGAGUCAUCUCUGACCACUCCAGCCACUACACCACUACCAUGUGGGUUCCGCAGCCUUCAUGAUCUUGUCUACAACUCCACACACCAUCCUCUCCAUUAUGUCUUAACUGCAACUCUUAUGUAUCCUCUCUCAAUUGAGCCUACCAGUUAUACUCAAGCCUCUAAAUUCCCUAACUGGCAGGUAGCGAUGCAAGAAGAAUAUACAGCCCUUAUAAAGAACCAAACUUGGUCCCUUGUUCCUUAUACACCAACCAUGAACAUCGUGGUCUGUAAAUGGGUUUUCAAAGUCAAGCGAAAAGCGGAUGGCACUAUUGAAAGACACAAGGCACGCUUAGUUGCCAAGGGAUUUAAUCAAAUGGAGGGCCUUGACUAUGAUGAAACAUUUAGUCUUGUUGUCAAGCCAGCUACUAUUCGCACUAUCUUAACUAUUGCUCUUUCCAGGAAUUGGCCCUUGCAACAACUUGAUGUUCGUAAUGCCUUUUUAAAUGGUAUCUUACAGGAGGAGGUUUACAUGAAGCAGCCCCCAAGUUUUGUUGACCCUCUUCGCUCCAACUAUGUCUGCAAACUCCACAAGGCACUCUAUGGCCUUAAACACCCCUCCCCUCCCCCCCCUGGCCCCAGCUGGGAGAGCUCAAUUUUUUUUGUUGGCAUGGAAGUUUGUCACACUAAUGGCUAUCUAUCAAUCUCUCAAGCUCGUUAUGCAUAUGACCUUCUCACCAAAUUUAAUAUGGAAGCAUGUAAACCAAGUGCCACACCACUGCUCUCCUCCACCAGACUCUUUGCAAACGAUGUGAAUCAGGUGUGCCAAUUCAUGCAUCAUCCGUGUUCCACUCACCUCCAAGCUGUUAAAAGGAUCUAUCGCUACAUUAAGGGCACUCUUGAGCAUGGCCUUCUCUUUCGUGCUUCUGCUGACCUCACUUUACGAGCCUUCUCCGACGCUGAUUGGGCCGGCUCCAUUGAUGAUCGCCGCUCUACUACCGGGGCAUGUGUUUUCCUUAGUCCGAAUCUUCUCACUUGGACCACUAAGAAACAAUUCACCGUAUCCCGCUCAAGCUCUGAAGCCGAGUAUCGCGCACUUGCUACCACUGCAGCUGAGCUUCGUUGGUUUGGCUACUUGUUUCGUGAGUUGGGUAUUCCUCUUCGUUCCCCUCCAUGUAUCUUUGUCGACAACAUAUAUGCCCUCCACAUGGCCGCGAAAAAUUAUUGA